AAAACAAACGCAUCGAAUUUGAUUACUGCGGCUAUGGCUUAUAUACGUUUCUUCUAGUCCGGGGAAGAUUUCGGGUCGGUUGACUCUUCAAGUUCACUAAAUCUUGAAGGCGAAAUCAGAUCUUCGCUGAUUUUGCGAAGCGUCUCCGGAUUUGUUGGGCGAGUUGAUUUUUCUGCUGCGGUCGAUGGGGGAUGGGGCGGCGCCUUCUCGGUAUGUGAAAUUGACGAAAGAUCAAGCGCCCUUGGAAGAAAUCAAGCCAGGGGAGCUUAAUCAGCCCAUUGAAGUUCCUCAGUUAAAUGUUCGAAAAUGCAAUGAGUGUGGACAGCCACUCCCUGACAGCUUUGAACCUCCAGCAGAUGAACCUUGGACAACUGGGAUUUUUGGCUGUGCUGAAGAUCCACAAAGUUGCUGGACUGGAUUGUUCUGUCCAUGUGUUUUGUUUGGGCGCAAUGUUGAAAGCUUGAGAGACGAUGAUAUGGACUGGACAAGGCCGUGCGUUUGUCAUGCUAUAUUUGUUGAAGGUGGCAUUGCCUUGGCGACAGCAACUGCAGCGUUCCAUUGCAUCGAACCAAACACGACGUUUCUCAUUUGUGAGGGAUUAUUGUUUACCUGGUGGAUGUGUGGUAUAUACACUGGACUCGUUCGCCAAUCUUUGCAGAAGAAGUAUCAUCUUAAGAACUCCCCAUGUGAUCCUUGCAUGACACAUUGCUGUCUGCACUGGUGCGCUCUUUGUCAAGAACACAGGGAGAUGAAGGGACGUCUAGCCGAUAACUUCGCAGUCCCAAUGACUAUCGUGAACCCGCCACCCGUUCAAGAAAUGAAGUCGGAAAACGAAGGUGAAGGAGGAACCACUUCAACUUCCAGUACCAACGGGCAGACCAAUCUGGAAAUGCAGGCAUUGUAGAUUCCAUCAUAGAUCCAACCACACCACAGCAUACGUUAGAUAGUUUCGGUGAGCUCUUCCGUUACUCGAACCACCCCGAGAGUGUAAUGACUCGCAGAGUCUUUUAAAGUUCAAUCAUUUAUAUGCUGUUUUUAUUUUUUGACCUGAGGAGUUGACUUGGCUGAGUUAUAUCCAGAUUUAUGAACACUGAACACGGUAGAUUUUAGGGGGUAUUUUUACAGUUGGAGGACAUUUAUGUUAUGAGUAUUAUGGCCAUUACCUUGCUCUCC